ACUGACCCAUUUCACCUCCCCAUCUUCUUCCGUUCACUCGCAAUUUACGAAUUCAAUCAGAAAUUGGGGAUUUCCAAAUUCUCUGCUUGAGAGUUUCAUCAACCUGAGGUAGCAUCUGCGUUUUUUAUGUGAAAAUUUGGCAGAAAUUUGGCUGAAUUUUUCUGAUCUGCUGAAGAAACAACCAAAGAGGAAAGAAUCGGCUGAAAAUCAAGCAAGGGACGGAAAUGGUGGUGGAGGGUAGCAUUACUGCGGAGGAUCUAUCGACGAUAGGAGGCAUCGCGACAGUGUCGCUGCUUCACUCCUUCAUUCCGACGCAUUGGCUUCCGUUUUCCAUUGUAGGCCGAGCUCAGAAAUGGACGCUCUCUCGUACUCUUCUCGUUACUGCAUUUGGAGGGGUAUUGCAUGUCUUGUCGACUUCACUGCUUGGCAUAACAGCGAUCACCAUAACUAAUACUAUAGCAGGAGAGGAAACUGUGCAUAAACUUGCAUCACUGUUGCUCAUAGUUCUUGGUGGCAGUUACGUCAUAUUGUUUCUUACUGGAAAAGGCGGUCACAGCCACACCCACAACCAACCUAUGGAAAAAAUGGCUGUUGCUGGUCUUGUUCUCGUCCCUGCAUUGUCCCCUUGUGCGACAACCCUUCCCGUUUUUCUUGCUGUUGGAAACUCAUCCUCCAUGAUGGUGCUGGCAAUCAUAGUUCUGCUAUUCAGCACAAUCACAGUAAUGACAUCACUGGUGGCUCUUUCAUUCUAUGGUGCAAGUCAGCUCAAGUUCCACUGGGUGGAACGUUAUGACAAGCUUCUAGUAGGUUCAGUUCUGUGUUUAGUCGGAAUUCUGACCCUUUUAUUUCAUGAUCAUGAUGGGGACUCGAGUUCAUCCCUUCAUCAUUCACAUAGGAAAAUCAUUGCUUUAUAAUAACUAUUUAAUAUGUGUGCUUAAAAAGCUUGAUAUGCUGAGAUUGCUUCCAAUGGUUUCAUAAUAGUAAGAGUAGUAAAAAGCCUCUUGUUUA